AUGAGCCUGAGGGUCGGCUCAGUAUCCCUCUCGCCCACCCACUCCGUCUCCAAAACACCCGUAACCUCCAUAACCCUCGUGCAAAACUACGGCGUAAGCGGUGACUCCCACGCCGGCGCCACAAUCCAACACCUGUACCGACAACGCAUCAACCUGUGAGCACCGAAUCUGUGCCAGGCGCACUUUAUAUCUUAGGAAUUCCUCUCGGCGCUCAGUCUCGACGGUCAGAACGUCGUCAAUCCCGGGGACGAAGUGGGAGAACGUAACGACCUCCGGCACCGGCAUUUUCGGAUUGGGCAGGGGUGAUCGAUCGAGAUUUGUUAGGGAUGGGGUGGAGGAGGAGGAGCGGAGCGGGAGGAGGAGGAGGGGGCGAUGAUGGUAGAGAUCACUGGGCUGAGGGAUCCGUGCCCACAGAUUGAAAAGCCCAGGAGGGGUUGCAGGAGAAGUGUGUUGUACGGCAGAAGGAGAAGUGACAGGAUUGUACAGAGGAAGGCUGGGAUUAUCGGGAUCGUUCUUGGUGGGAAGGUAGAUGUCGGUAUGAGAAUUUUAGUAGAGCCUGCCGAGGGGGGC